AUGGCUGCAUCAGACGUGCGACUUGAUAUCCAACCUCCCCUCGACGGCCCCUCCCCUCCGAUCAUUCACAUUACUCGGGAAGUACGGCGGUCAGACAAGGUCAACGAUGCUUACAGCCAGGCACUGGACGAACAUGGCCCCGUUAUCAUCGUCCCCCGACACGGCCGCGACGAAUACGUUAUCGACCACCGAUACGCCCAUGAGAUUCUCACAGACACUAAGAAUUUCACAUUUGAAAAGGCCGCAUUCGACCUGCUUCACCUGGGCUUUAUAGCGCUUUUCGAUAAUGGCAUGUUUGUUCGCGACAUUGACAGCUUAGUUGAGAAGAAUGUUCAGCCGCGCAUGAACGCCAUAAUAGACCGGAUUUUUCCCGUUUUUCAGUCGUAUUUUGACCGAAUGGCCGAUGAGCUACCAAAUCCAGCCAACGACAAGACUCCCGUUGAAUGUUACAACAUCUUUUCCUGCCUUCAGAAAGCUAUUGGUCACGCCAUGGUAACAAUGAUUCUUGGGCCUUCUCACUCCUCCUCAGUGACGGCGGGCCACUUCGCUGCUGUCGCUGUUGCCAUGGCCAACAUGACCGGUAUGCACGAGAACACACACGAAUGGGCCUGGUUCCCCUGGCUGUGGGUGUUGCUCAAUGGCUUCAAAGCCGUUUUCUUCACCAUCAUCCCUCGCUUCUUCUUUUGCAUUGUCCCAUCGCUCUGGAAAAUGCGGAAACAGCACUUGGCAACUGGCCUUGCCGCCCGCCAUGGCGAAUACGUCCCCUUAUUCGACAUCCUCCUAGUAAAACACUACCACGAGAAAACCGGUUUCCGCGCGCUGGGUGGCUUCGCCUGGUGCGUUAUUCUUUGCGUCGGCUUAAUUUUUGCCUCGAUCCAUCAGACUGUUGUGGCCGGUUCCUGGAUUCUGAUCAAGCUAGCCCAGAAGCAGGAUGAGUAUCUGCCCGCGAUCCGUGAGGAAUGGGAUACCGUGGCUCCCGCAAACGAGCCGCUGAGCGUGAAAAAACUCAGUCAGCUCACGCUGCUUGACUCCUUUAUUCGUGAAGUCUUCCGGACCAAGGGUGACACCUGGGGCCCCCUACGACAGACAACGAGGCCCGUACGCAUCGGGCCGUAUGUGCUUCCAAAGAACGCAAUGUGCAUCGUUCUUAUUUCCCGCGCCCAUCAGCACCCGGACAAUUACGGGUCAGAGGGCAAAGUGUUUGACGGCUUCCAGUGGCAGAGAAAAGGACGACCGGCCGUGCAGGGCGGCGCAGACUUUUUGACAUUUGGAUUGGGAAGAUGGGCAUGUCCAGGCCGGCAGCUGGCGAUCCAUGAGAUCAAGAUCAUGCUGUAUAUGCUUUUCUCCAAGUUUGAUAUCAGGGUCAAAGACGGCAGUUUCCGGGUGCUGGAUACAAUAAACACGACUUCGGUGCCACCGGAGGCGACGUUGUUGCUGAGGAGAAGGCAAUGA